AUGCCAGUGGGACCAGUUUCUGAUGAUUCGAACUCAUCUGCUAAAGCAAUAUCCGAGGAUAGCACCACUGCAAGUAAUCGUAUUCAUGAAGAUAAAUCUCCAUCGAUUUUGAUCAAAUGUGUUCCUUUAACAUCAUCGCUCUUUGCAAAAAAGAUACACGAACAACAAGAAAAAAUUGAAGAAUCAUUCACCAAAGCGCGAAAAUUUACUAUUAAUUUUCCUGAUGGUAGGUCACAAAUUUACUUGUGGAGAGUUGAACAAUUGUACGAACGACUCAGGAAAAUAUUUGAUGAAAAUAAAUAUGAUUCGAACCGUUUUGUCGUUGUGGAUAACAAUCAAAUCUUCAUUGAUUUUAUAAAGAAUAACCGACUACCACAUCGAUUGACACCUCAAUAUGAUAUUAUUCAAAGGGAUUUGUUGAUUCCAACACAUUUUUACUAUAAAAAUAAUUCAUUUAAAUAUUUGAUAACACCAAAUUGUGAAAUUGCGGAUAUUAUUGAUCAUUUCAUUGGCGAGAAUAAUGUUCGAUCGACAUCAUCCGACAUGUAUCUUUGUUUUUUCGACAAAUCUGGAAAAAUUAUUGAAGGCGGAAAAAUGAAUGAAAUUCUUAAAGUCAACAAUAAUUCACUACCUUUUAUUGUAACUGUCGAAGAAAUGGCAAGUAGUACAAGUACACUAUGUGAACUUACUAUUCAAUUAUCAAAAGGUAAAUAUGUAUCAGUAUCCAAACUGAUGUUAUGUUCAAUAUGA